CUUCCGCUCGUUCAACAACAUGCGGGAGCCAAUUUUCCCCCGGACUUUGUCCGUCUAGUAUGUUCAGAGCCGUUCCCGAAGGAAUAAAAAUGGCCGACUUCGGACCAGACUCCGGCGGGAGAAUGAAAGGAUUGACUAUUAUCAAGCCUAUUGUGUUUGGAAACAUAGCUCGGUACUUUGGCAAGAAACGUGAGGAAGAUGGUCACACCCACCAGUGGACAGUUUAUGUCAAGCCCUUCAGAAACGAGGACAUGUCCGCUUAUGUCAAGAAAGUGAACUUCAAACUUCAUGAAAGUUAUGCCAACCCAAAUCGAGUUGUUGUUCGCCCUCCCUAUGAAGUUACAGAAACAGGAUGGGGAGAAUUCGAGAUUAUCAUCAAAAUCUACUUUAAUGAUCCAAAUGAAAGACCAGUGACGCUGUAUCAUCUGCUGAAGCUGUUCCAGAGUGAGACUGACAUAAUGCUGGGGAAAAAAUCCCUGGUAUCAGAGGUGUAUGAAGAAUUGAUUUUCCAGGACCCAACAGCCAUGAUUCACCAGCUAUUGUCCAAUCCACGACCUUUGACCUUGGGAGCUCACAAACAUGACACAGACUUUGAAGAAAAGCGUGAAAAAACCCUGAACUCCAUUUUGUCUGCAAAAAGUAAGAUACGAUAUGAGAUCUCAGAACUGAAUGAGCGACUGAAGCAGUGUAAGGAAAAUAUUAACCAGCUGAAGAUAGACAUUGCAACCAUGGAGAAGGAGGGUGGGCAAGAGAACUCAUGACCAAUCAAAACAGUUGUUGUUUUCUGAUUAUGAUGUCAAAGGGAUUGUGAUUGGUCAGAAAGAUGACCAUUGGCAGCUGAUUAGUGACAAGGUGUUGCCUUCAUUGUUUGACAGCGUGGUUUGCCAGGAAUGACUGAAUCCUCCAUAAAAUAAUAUAACUCCCUGUUGAAUACCAGAAACAUGGUACUGCUUUAAAAGUGUUUAAGAUCCAUAAGGAAAUGGAGUUAGGGGGACACUUAUUGGUCAUCCCGCCCCACAGCUGUGUGGUCAAAUUUUACCCACAAAGUAUCAAUGACAGAGUUACUUGGUGCAGGAUGAUGUAAAGAGGGCCCUCUAUUAAACUGUGCGCUGUGGUUUCGGCAGAGUUUACAGACAUUUCUGUAUAUCCAGGAUUUGCAAUGAACAUCAACAUAAAAUGUUUGAUGUCUCAAACUAGACAGCAAAACGGCAUCAGUACCUCUCAAACUCAUGGAGAAUGGUAGUAGUUUAACAGAUAGCUUGUAUCUGUUGUCAUUUUAAAUUGUCAUAAAGUGAUGCUUUAUUCCUGAUGGUUUUAUUUGAACAAUUUAACCAUGUUUGGUACUUUUACCCAAUUUGUAGAAAUACAAUGUCAAGCUCUAUAGGGCAGGAGAACCUCUGUUUUAUAACAAUUAAUGUAAGACAUUACGCUAAUUAAAUGGUUGAUUGCAUUAGAUUAUGAUUCUCAUAUCAUAUCAAACUGUUUAUACUUUUUUUU